AUGAGCGAAAGAGGGUCGGAGAUCGUGUAUCGAGCGGAAAAUGUUCCGAUUCGGUUCUUUAAGGCAUGUCGAUGGUGCAGGAGACAGAAGAUGCGCUGCGAUGCGCAUAGCCAAGUCCCUUGCUUCCGCUGUCGCUCUGCCGGGCGAGAUUGCAUUUUGGAUCCCAUCGACGGUGGUCGACGACGAAAUGACCGUCGGCGGAAAAUAACAACACCAGCAAGAAAUCAGAAUAAUGCUUCACCGCUGGAUCGGAGGACUGGAUAUCAUACUCCAGCAUCAAGAGAGCAAGGGUUUUCACCUGCUACUGUGCAAGAUGGUGGUUACGACACCCCAAUUGAUUCUUUACCGGGCUCCACUGGCUUAAACACUCUUCAACGGUCCUAUACAGCUGACCAGAAUGGACCGGAGUCCCAGCAGCUGAGCCCUAAUGAGAUGAUCGCGCCGGCGUCAACAGUGCACUCUAUGUCUGUGAAUUUGCUAGGCACAGAUAAUAUUUUCAUGGAAAACUCCACAAGGGGUGACCCUAGAGGUGAUGUCAUUGCUAGAGGAAUUGUGAGUGAGGAGCUUGGUCGUAUCAUGUAUGAGAGAUUCACUGGUGGGUCGAAAAACUUUCUUCCUCUCUUCGACCCGAUUAGAGACACAUUUGACUCUAUCCGAUCACGCUCACUGUUUUGCUUUACGGUGAUUAUCUAUUUGGCUAGUCGCGCCGUGACCGACUUGCGUGGGGAUACACAUAUGCAACGUGUUCUUCAAGACGAGGCCCAGCGUUUGGCCGAAGACAGCUUCUUUGAGAGACCCACCAAAUUAGAAACAGUUCAAGGAAUGAUUCUCCUGGCUGCAUACUCCGAAAAGACCUGGUUCUCCAUUGCUCUCAUUCUUCGCACAGCCUUGGACUCGGGGUUGGAAAAAUCAUUGGACACUCUAUUGUCCCAAGAAAAUGUACCCCGAAGUUCGCUUUCGGCAUCAAUGGCUGACCGUGAGCUAGUCUGGAAGACAAGAACGUGGUUAAUCAGCUUCAUCUUAGAGUUGGACGUUGCUUCCGGCACUGGGCGCAAAUCACGCAUAGCCGAAGUUGACGUUAUAAAACUGCGCAAAUUCCUCGACUAUCCACUCUCACUACCCUGUGACAUGCGUACUGUGUGCAUUAUUGAGCUUCAUCAACUUCGAGGCAGCUGUCGUGUGAUCAUUGACAGCGCCUCAACCAUUAGCGAUAUUACGUCGACAGAACUACCGAUCCUGCUGACAAGGUUGCAAAAUUGGUGGGCAACGUGGGACGAAAUCCACGAAAACAAUGGCUUCCAUGCAGGAGCUUUUCAACGCAGCAGCCUUAAGAUCAUGCUUUACUAUGCCAAAAUCUUUGUCUUCUGCGCUUCUCUGGCACGAAUACAAAAGUUGGAGCCCACCGACCCUGACUCAAGCCCCGAAAUACACGAUCAAAGUGUGACAAAUCUAUGGCAGUCUCUUGUGACAACUAUCAUGGAUCAAAUCGUCUUCUUGAUUAACGAGCCGUCUUAUCGAUGUCAGUUACCAUGGGCGCCAACCUACCCAGCUCUCACAAUUGCUUUCGUCACAACAUUUGCUCUUCGGAUUGCAAGAUGGCGUCCAAAUCUGAUCAAUCAAAGUCUAUUACUCGAAAGAGCAGAGAAGAUCUGCGAUUUUCUCAAGCAACCGCCUUAUCCCGACAUUCACCGCACCGUCUCUAUCUUUGUGAACUAUGCACGCGCCUUGAUUGCCAGUCAGCGCCCACAGAGCAAUCAUGGUACAGAUGUACCUCUCAUGUCUAAUCAAAGUGGUGGACCCUCAUUCGAGGGACCUGAAAGCCCCCUGGUCAACGGCCCGCCUCCAUCAGGAGUGGGUCCCCUGGACGAUCUGCGCUACAAAAAUGGCCCAAGCAUCCAGACCGAAAAAGAUUCGAAUAUGGCCUCAAUGUCCAGUAGUGAUUCCUCGGCAGCGGCCAAAGCGCUCGCAUCUCGGCUACCCGGCACGAUGGAAGCACCAAAUUGGACCGUGUCCAACUCCAUUGCAGAUUCAUUCGGGCUUUUUGAGGAGGGACAGAACGAUCUCUUCGAUUUCUUGCCCAUGAUGCCUUCAAUGCCACAAUAA